AUGCACAAAUACCGCCAUCAAGCUAAAGUCGCGGCCUGGUACGACGACCCGAACGAUGAACGGAAUUUGAACUUUCCCAUUCCAAACCCGUUCUCGAAAUGGAAGUCAAACUCAAGGUCAAAUACAGACCGGAGAUUGGAGAAUGGGUUGAACGGAGCGCCUUUGGCCAUGACACAGACAGACGAUCCGAAUGACUACCGACCCUCGAGCGAAGGCAGGGGUGAAGAGCUUGGUGCAAACCGUCGCCCGCGACAUGCAGUCACAACGCCAGCAGCUAAAUCAGCGACAACGCCCUAUGCGGCAGGCGACGAAGUCGACAUUCCUCGAUCAUCGAGCCCGAUCAGUGAGGAGAAGGCCGUGAAAGAGGAAUUCCCCAGUGCACGGCGUGGUGACGAGACAAGCAGCGACACCGUCACGAAUGGCAGACCUAGCCAACCCGAAGACACGGUCUCAAUGCGGCAACGUGCUGCGGGCGACGGGCAGAAGAAGCGCGGCCUGAAAUCAUGGUUUGCCCAUGGCAGGAAUGAAGAGGCAUCGGACGACAACAACGGCAAGGACAAGAGGAAAUUCACAGUUUGGAGCCAAAUCCGCGCAACCCUGUUCAACUCGUGGAUCAACGUCCUCCUCAUUGCUUCGCCCGUCGGCAUCGCCGUCUACUACGCCGGUGUCAACCCGGUGGCAGUUUUCGUCAUCAACUUCAUCGCCAUCAUUCCGCUGGCUGCCAUGUUGAGCUAUGCCACCGAGGAAAUCGCCCUCAGAACUGGUGAAGUCAUUGGCGGUCUGCUCAAUGCCUCGUUCGGCAAUGCAGUUGAAUUGAUCGUCUCAAUCAUCGCCCUGGCAAAGGAUCAAGUCCUGAUUGUCCAGACGUCGUUGAUCGGCAGUAUGCUCUCCAAUCUGCUCCUGGUCAUGGGUAUGUGCUUUUUCUUCGGCGGCAUCAACCGCAUGGAACAAGCUUUCAACGUCACCGUUGCCCAGACCGCCUCGAGUUUGCUCUUCUUGGCUGUCAGCAGUCUGAUCAUCCCUACCGCUUUCGAACAAUGGGCCCGGACCGGAAACAAUUCCAGCACCACCACUGCGACGACCGAAAACGCCAAACCUGGCGUUGCGCAGUUGAGCAGAGGAACAGCGAUCUUACUCUUGGUUGUUUAUGCCUGCUACCUUUUCUUCCAGCUCAAGAGUCACAAAGAGAUUUACAACGCACCCAGUGCCAAGAACGAAACUCGACCAGUGGGCGCCAAGUUCAAGAAUGCAGUCAUUCCAGGCAAGAUGCGGUCGAAGAGACCGGUUGAAGCAGAAACGCCAGAUGACAACGCGGACGAACCCGAAGAGCCGCAGCUAUCAGUCAUGGUUGCCAUACUCACACUAGCAAUCUCGACGGUCCUCGUUGCUUUGAACGCCGAGUAUCUGGUCGAUUCUAUCAAUGCCAUCACUUGCGGAGGUGGAAUCUCGAAGAACUUCGUCGGUCUCAUCCUGCUCCCGAUCGUUGGUAACGCAGCCGAGCACGCGACUGCUGUCACCGUUGCCAUCAAGGAUAAAAUGGACCUUGCCAUUGGUGUCGCUGUCGGAUCCAGCAUGCAGAUCGCCCUGCUGGUGCUCCCACUUGUUGUGGUUCUAGGCUGGAUCAUCGGCAAAGACGACAUGACUUUGUUCUUUGACGGCUUUCAGAUCGCAGUCCUCUUCGUGGCGGUCCUGCUGGUCAACUACCUGAUCAGUGACGGCAAGUCACAUUACCUGGAAGGUAUCUUGCUGAUGAUCCUGUACAUCAUCAUUGCGGUUGCUGCCUGGUUCUAUCCUACCGCUCCCGGUCUCAGCGACUGCCCGGGUGAAUGA